UUGCAGGGCUGAGUAAUUGCUGUACAGGAAUAAUGAAAGGAUUUCUACUUUAUUUUGCUGUUUCUCUUGCCAUUGCAACCACCAUAACUGGGCGCUCUCUCAUCAAAAUUGUGGACUUUCAGCCACCAGUUAAUGGGCCAGAGAAACUAAGAGAUGAAUCACCAGUUAAAAACUGCACGAAGCCUGGUGGUCCAAUGAAAGUCACAAAAAUACUUGUGUCUCCAACUACAUUAAAAGCCGGUCAGCCGAUCAAUGUCCAAGCAUCAUAUACACUGGAUAUGCUCAUUCAAGAUGGAGACCUUAAGAUUGAUAUUAAUCUAGCUGGAGAUCAGGAGUCUCUCGACCUGGGUCUCUGUGAUGCAUUCACAAUUGUUGGUAUAAAGUGCCCAUUGGUUCAAACACAGUCUGGGUUCUUUAAUGUUACUCAAACUAUACCAGCUGAGGCACCAGUGGGUCACUACACUGCUAACAUUACUGCUAGUACAAAAACUGGUGUGGAGUUUUUAUGCGUCACUCUGGAUUUCAUGAUGGAGGGAUGACUAUAAACUACAUCAAAAACUUUAAGAAACAGUUUUAUGCUAGUGUGUGUAGAAACAUGUACAAUAGCUAUUAUGAAAUAAAAAUAUUAAAAGCUAA